AUAAUUUAAGAUGUCUAAAAUAACCACAGAAAUAUAUUAUAUGUUAUAUUUAACAUAAAGUGAGUAAUGGUGUGGGCACAUUUCAUGACAGAUUUAUCACUGCUCUGAUCCAAUUUGUGGAUAAUUCUGCACAAACCACAGUAACCUGCAAGUUUUAAUUUAUAGCUAAGCUGUAACAGCAAAAGAGGGAAAAAAUAAAUACCAACCAAAUGUUUGUGGUAUGAUUCUAGAGUGUAAAUCAUGUUCAUCAGUGCAAACACUGCUCCCUUAUUAAAUUUUUUAUUCUCCUUUUUAAACUUCUUAGUUCAGGUACAGAUCAGGCUACAAGUGUAUGUAAGAAUGCACAGCAUGUUUAAGACAGACUGAGGGUUGUAAGAGGUUGACAUUUUUGAGCGAGGAGGCUUGUUGGGGUCAGAAAAAGUGGGCGAAUAGGCAGCGUGCUCUUGGAAAAGGAGCAAGUCCAAGAUUGAAUUUCCGCCUAACAGCAUUUCCCAUGCUGAGAGCGAGAGACAGCGUAAGGGUGCAAGCGCAGACAGUGAGUGACCUACAAACAAGCUUAACAAUUUUAACUUUACCCAGGGUGGCAGAUUAACACCACAGCAGCCCCUGAAGAAGCUCCCUCUAUCUCCUCCCCUCACCUCCUAAAUGUGACUCAAGGGAGAAUCAGGAGGGGUUGCCUGGAUGGUGUGAUGAUGGGUCGGCCCAGAAGGCACAUGGAGGUGAAGGAACAGCAGGAGAGUCAUGGUCACUCGCCUGGGGUUUGAAGCAUUAGCCUGAAGCAUUAGCUGCCAGUAGGGCAGGUGAAAGGAGGAGCUCAACUAAGAAACAAAGAAGCAGCAAAAAGUACUUUUUUUUUCUUUUCUUUUUAAAAAGGAACUAUUCCAGGCUGAGACAUGGACAAUCAUAAGGGGGGAGGUACAGAUAGAGGUGGAGGUGAGACGAAAGAUAAACAAAAAUCCGAGGAGGUCAGUGAUGAAGAUAAGCAGGCCAAAAACAAGCAGAACAAGUUGGAGAAAGAGAGCAGCAAGGAGCCGAGAGCGCAUCCCAGAAGGGAGAACCGCCGGCGGUGUCAGUGGGCUCUGACGGAGCGUCUGGCCAUCAACGUGUCAGGGAUGCGUUAUGAGACCCAGCUGCGCACCCUUGCUCAGUUCCCAGACUCCCUGUUGGGUGACCCCCAGCGUCGAAUUCGCUACUUCGACCCUCUGCGGAAUGAAGUCUUCUUGGACAGAAACCGCAUCUGCUUUGACGCCAUCCUCUACUUCUAUCAGUCAGGUGGGAGGCUGCGGAGGCCCGCCAACAUCCCCCUGGACAUGUUCUUGGAGGAGCUGCGGUUCUACGAGCUCGGAGAGGAGAUCAUCGACCACUUCAAAGAGGAUGAAGGCUUCGCCAAAGAGGAGGAAAGACCUCUACCUGAAAAAAAGUGGCAGCAGCAAAUCUGGAUGCUGUUUGAGUAUCCGGAAUCUUCCAGCGGAGCUCGGAUCAUCGCCAUCAUCAGUGUCAUGGUCAUUGUGGUCUCCAUUCUCAUCUUCUGCCUGGAGACCCUGCCUGAGUUCAGAAAUGAAAAGGAGCGUAGGGAGCAAUACUCCAUCGCUCCUCACCCCAACAUAUCAAACAACACCAUCUUGGUCUCACCUGGAUUCACUGCCUUCCAGGACCCAUUCUUCAUAGUAGAGACAAUCUGCAUCUGCUGGUUCUCAUUUGAACUCAUCAUGCGCUUCAUUAGCGCUCCCAACAAGAUGCACUUUUUUAAAGACAUCAUGAACAUCAUAGACUUCUUCGCCAUCAUGCCUUAUUUUGUCACAGUGGGCACGGAGCUAGCAAAGGACAAAGGUACGCAGCCCUCCGUGUCUCUGGCUCUCAUCAGAGUCAUCAGGUUAGUGAGAGUCUUCAGGAUCUUCAAGCUCUCUCGUCACUCCAAGGGCCUCCAGAUCCUGGGCCAGACGCUGAAGGCCAGCCUGAGAGAGCUUGCGCUGCUCAUCUUCUUCCUCUUCAUCGGCGUCAUAAUCUUUUCUAGCGCCGUCUACUUCGCUGAGGUGGACAGUUCUGGAACAAACUUCAAAAGCAUCCCAGAGGCUUUCUGGUGGGCAGUCGUGACCAUGACUACAGUCGGGUACGGCGAUAUGUGCCCAGGGACAGUUGGGGGAAAGCUGGUGGGCUCCAUGUGUGCCAUUGCUGGCGUGCUCACCAUCUCUUUGCCUGUGCCUGUCAUUGUGUCCAACUUCAGCUACUUUUACCACAGAGAGAUGGAGUGUGAGGACACCAGGGUGUACCAGCAUGUCUCCACAUCGCUCUGGGAAAAGGAAGGAGAUGAUGAUGAAGAUGAGGAGGACGAGGAUGGAAUGGAUGAGUGGCCUGAAUAUAUGAGGGAUUACGCACCACUGUAUGGGCAGAACAGGGCUAUUUGCCCUCCGAUCAAUGGGCCUCUUUUGACAGGCCUUUGUGCAGGACAGGUAGAUGGGGAUCAGAGAGGCAUGGGGUUCCUCUUUAAGGAAUCUCGUGUCACUCAGGUCUGACAGACUGCAGAGUGCUAAACUCAUGGCAACACAUCAAGAAAACCAAGAUAUAAAAAGAUACUGCUGAAAGGACACGCAGAGGGAGACAUGAAAACCAAGAAGUGCAGUGACAUGUGAACAUAGUUUUAUAUGUGAAGCUUUUGCAUGAUUAUACUCGACUCACAGCUACUCACGAAGCAUCCGUUUUCCUCAGUAAAUAAACAGAAAAAAGUAAAAUGUU